AAACAGAAAAAAAAAAAAAAAAAAAAAAAAAGACAAAUAUAAAAGAAUAAACGGUCUUCACACGGGAUAUCCCAUACAACACACUCGUGAAACACUGAAAUUACACUAUCAAUUAACACAUCUGCAUUAAGCCACAGCAGGCGUUGUGGUACUGGAGUCUCCAUCAGAGCUACCAGUCGGGAAAUCAUCCAUCAUCGACCACACCAUCUUUGGUCCGCUGCGUCUUUAGAUUCUCCAAUUAGACUUCUCCCUGAGAUACCCACUUUUGGGCGGAGACCCCAAUCCAUUCCUACUUGUGCUUCCUGUCGGUUUCCCUACCCGCCCCUCAUCCUCGUCCUUCUUGACUGUGCUGCUCAGGCUCCUGUGCGCACUCACACAUCACCGUUUUCAUUUCUUGUUACCGAAUUCCUCCCUGAACCCCUUCCUUCAUUCUUUCUUCGCAACCCUCCUCUUCACGAUACCUCAUAUCUAACCUUGCCCAGCCAACUUCCUUCCGCUUUUCCUCUCCAGCGGCUUCAAGUCGCGGUAUUCGGUUUCCACACGUCUUCCCCGCUUCCCUGUGGCCGGAGAGGUAUCUCCUCCGGCCCCUACUGCCGACACAAUGGCUGAAAGCUCUUUCUCCAGCGCUAGCCCUCACCUCAAGGUGGGCACAAAAGAUGAUAAAACAUCAGCAUUCCGAAGGAUCUCAGAGGACGAAGAGUGGGAGGUGACGUCACCAACUGACCCGACCUUUCAAACUGCAAAGUCGGCGGCAGCUUCGUCGUCCGCGGGGAACAACCUCUUCGGAGGCAAUGUAUUUAACGAACAACAAGGAGGGGGAAUACGUUUUCGCCGGAGUCCUUUUGCCGACCCUUCUGGGGAGGGAGAUGAAGACCAUGACGACUUCGACGAACACCCUGAAGUACCUCGCCCGACGGGUGCCUUGAAUGAGGGAUUCCCGAAUAACUACGCAUUGGGUCGUCGGACGUCCGUGUCUGCUGAAUCUUUGAACCCCACCUCAGCUGGUUCAGAUAGCUGGGUGCCCCCGCACCACCCAAAGACCGAAGAACAGGUCUCCAGAUUGAAGACAGCCGUCAGCGGCAACUUCCUGUUUUCCCACCUUGAUGAUGACCAGUUCAAGACAGUGGUCGAUGCCCUGGUUGAAAAGCCCAUUCCUGCCAAGGGAAUUAAGGUGAUCUCACAGGGCGAUGCAGGUGAUUACUUCUACAUCGUGGAAGAUGGUCACUUCGACGUCUACAUUCACCCAUCAGGCUUGGUACAAUCGGGUUCCGAUGGAAUGGGGUCCAAGGCGGGUACGAUUGGACCCGGAGGUUCGUUCGGAGAACUGGCUCUCAUGUACAACGCACCUCGGGCUGCGACAAUUGUGUCCACGGACUCGAAGAGUACCCUGUGGGCUUUGGACCGUAUCACAUUCCGAAGGAUUCUCAUGGAUUCCGCCUUCCAGCGGCGUCGCAUGUAUGAGGCCUUCCUGGAAGAGGUUCCGCUCCUCUCCAGCCUAAAGCCAUACGAACGUUCCAAGAUUGCCGAUGCUCUAGACGCAAUUAAGUUUCCAGCUGGCUCUACUAUCAUCAAAGAAGGUGAUCCAGGCGAUGCUUUUUACCUUCUCGAGUCGGGUGAGGCAGAGGCUUUCAAGGAAGGCGUGGAUAGACCAGUGAAGUCCUAUCAACGGGGCGAUUACUUUGGAGAGCUUGCUCUUCUGGACGACCAACCCCGAGCCGCCAGCAUCGUUACGAAGACUGAUGUGAAGGUGGCGAAGCUCGGUCGGGAUGGAUUUAAGCGGCUAUUAGGACCUGUGGAGGAGAUCAUGAGAAGAGCUGAGUAUGAACAGAUUCAACCGAAGCCUACAGCUUCGUAACAGAUCUGUUUCGGUUUAGAAGAAGCUGGAGUGAAUAUCCCCACGUCUUGAUAUGCGAUCGCCUGUCUC